AAAAUGAAAGAUGUAACAAUACAACGUGGAGGAUCUUGCAACAACGACAAUACUUGUCACGAUACAUGUCCGGGAUGUAAGAACACACAAUGUAUUUUCAGCCAGUGCGUUUGUUCUCAAUGUAACACUCCACGAACAAGUUUACGUGUUGAAUCUCAUAUGUAAUCUUAUUUGAUUAUUUCUAUUAUUUACCCAAAUUUGUGAUGACAAGAUAAUAAUAAUAAACAUUUUUGUU